UGUGUUCAUAAUUUUAUAUUUUUACGUCAAUUUAUUGACUUGGCAAAAAGCAGAGAAUUAUAAAAAGAAAUAUAUGAAAUUAAUGUUAUUUCUUUUUUGUUUUGUUAUCAACUGUUACUGUUAAAAUGGAAAAUAAGGAAUAUAUAGUGAAAACUAUAAUUCAUGCAGGUACAAAAAUAAUUAAUUUUGUACCUGGAACUAAAGUAUUUUUUCAUUUUAAAACAACAAAAUGUGAUCCACAGAGAACAAUAAUAGAUGACAGUAAAGUAAUGGGAAAUCCAAUGGAACUUGUUUUAGGAAAAAAAUUUAAACUUGAAGUAUGGGAAAUUAUUGUACAAAAAAUGGCAUUAAAUGAAGUGGCUUGCUUUAGAAUUGAUAAAAGUCUAGUUACAGCAUAUCCAUUUGUGUCUAAAACUUUGAGAGAAGUUGGAAAACCAGAAUCAAAAAAACGUAGUCAUUGUUGUGGUGUAACUUUACAAAAUGAAGGAAUUGGAUAUGAUGAUUUAAAUGAACUUAUCAAAUAUCCUCAAGAUUUAGAAUUUACAAUUGAGCUUAUCAAAAUCAUUUUACCUGAUGAAUAUGAAAAAGAGGUAUGGCAAAUGACAGAAGAUGAGAAAUUAAAAAGUAUUCCAGAUAUAAAAGAAAAAGGAAAUAUAUUAUUUAAAGAAAAAAAUUAUAAUGCUGCAUGUGAGAUGUAUGCAAAAGGUAUUGGUAUAUUAGAACAACUUAUGCUUGGAGAAAAACCAAAUGAAGAAGAAUGGUUAGCUUUAAAUCAAUUGAAAACUCCAUUACUUUUAAAUUAUGCACAAUGUAAAUUAAUUCAAGAAGAGUAUUAUGCAGUUAUUGAACAUUGUACAACAGUUCUUAAACAUAAUCCAGAUAAUGUAAAAGCACUGUACAAAAGAGGUAAAGCAUACAUAGGUGUUUGGAAUGAAGAAGAAGCGAUUAAAGAUCUAACAAGAGUUGUUGAAUUGGAUCCCACAUUACAACAUAUAAUUGAAAAGGAAUUACGAGCAUUUUCUACAGCAAUCAAAGAAAAAAAUCAAUUAGAAAAAAAGAAAUUAUUAAAACUCUUUAAAUAAAUGUAUAAAUAUUGUAUAAAUUAUAUAGAUUUUAUAUAUAUAGCAUGCAAUAUAUACAAAAUCUCUCCUCUUCCUCUUCUCAUAAUAAAGCAACUUAGAAGACAAAUGUUAUUUUGUCAAAUAUUGUAUAAGAAAGUUGUACAAAUUGUUCAUAGUAUAAUUUCAAUAUUGUAAAAUCUUAAUUUAUCUGAAAUUAAAUAUAAAUAUUUUUCAAUAUGAAA